AUGUCGAACACCCAAUUUACCAAUCAGCAAUCUGGCCUGCCACUUGAGCCAUUACAUUCCAUUCUGUACCAUGUUUAUCCUAAUUCAAGGCUCAAGAAUACAUUUAAUGAGCCCAACCUUUCAUUACAUCAGAUGUAUCAAUCAUCAACACAACCACAAGAGUACUAUAAUAAUGAAUAUCCAACACUCAUGAACCAAAGCCCAUUACCACUUAACCAAAACCUUCCAUCUGUGGAUGCACAAAGUCAAAUAGUAGGCUUGCAACAAAGUCCACUGGGUAAUUAUUCCGGUGUUAAUGUUCUUUUCCUGUCUUCACCAGAUGGUUCAAUGAGAAACAGUCAAUCUCAGGCUUCAAAAGUUUCCCAUUCGCCACAAUCUUCGAAUAGUACUCAUCUGAGAAAUUCAUCCGCUAGUACAAAACGACAUAGCUUUGAUCUGGAUUUUGUGAAGCCUGACAAACCUCGUAUAGCCACCACUUAUUGGGAAGACGAGAAAACUAUUUGCUAUCAAGUAGAAGCUCAAGGUAUUCUAGUAUCCAGGAGAGAAGAUACCAAUUACGUAAAUGGUACUAAGUUGUUGAAUGUUGCUGGCAUGACAAGAGGUAAAAGGGAUGGAAUUUUGAAAACUGAAAAAACCAAAACUGUUGUUAAAGUUGGAGCAAUGAAUCUUAAGGGAGUAUGGAUCCCCUUUGAUAGAGCCUCUGAAAUUGCUAGAAAUGAAGGAAUUGACGGAUUAUUAUAUCCAUUGUUUGUGAAAGAUUUGAAAAGCUUUUAUCAUGAAAAGGGUUCGAUGCUAAGACAUGAUAGCUACUUGAAAUCGUUAAACAAUGAGGAUCUAAGCAAUAUUACUUUAUCGGAUGUCAGUCUGCCCACUAUUCAAAGUACUAUUAUCCCAUCAAGCAACAAUAACUAUCAAGACAAAGAUGUUAAAAGCAUUGAGCAACAUGAAUACUACGAAGAAAAAUCUCACUCCCCUAAAGAUUUAAAGACUGAGGAUGCGUAG